GAUCCCCAAUGGCGCUGCCCUCUUCCUUCUUGGUGGCCCUGGUGGCGCUGGGCUGCAACUCCGUCUGCUCUCUGGGCUGUGACCUGCCUCAGACCCACGGCCUGCUGAACAGGAGGGCCUUGACGCUCCUGGGACAAAUGAGGAGACUCCCUGCCAGCUCCUGUCAGAAGGACAGAAAUGACUUCGCCUUCCCCCAGGACGUGUUCGGUGGAGACCAGUCCCACAAGGCCCAAGCCCUCUCGGUGGUGCACGUGACGAACCAGAAGAUCUUCCACUUCUUCUGCACAGAGGCGUCCUCGUCUGCUGCUUGGAACACCACCCUCCUGGAGGAAUUUUGCACGGGACUUGAUCGGCAGCUGACCCGCCUGGAAGCCUGUGUCCUGCAGGAGGUGGAGGAGGGAGAGGCUCCCCUGACGAACGAGGACAUUCAUCCCGAGGACUCCAUCCUGAGGAACUACUUCCAAAGACUCUCCCUCUACCUGCAAGAGAAGAAAUACAGCCCUUGUGCCUGGGAGAUCGUCAGAGCAGAAAUCAUGAGAUCCUUGUAUUAUUCAUCAACAGCCUUGCAGAAAAGAUUAAGGAGCGAGAAAUGAGACCUGUUCAACAUGGAAAUGAUUCUCACUGACUCAUCACACCACACUUUCCACCUGUCCUGCCAUGUCAAAGACUCUCAUUUCUCCAUUCUGCUGUGACAUGAAUGGAAUCAAUUUGUCCAAUGUUUUCAGGAGUAUUAAAUGACAUCAUGUC